AUGGCAUUAACACAUUCUCAAAUCUUCAUAGCACUCUUGAUUGUUUCUUGUUUUGUUUCAACUGUUGUGUUAGGGUAUAGGACCAACGAUGUCAAGUGGUGGUGCGGCAAAACUCCCAACCCAGUGCCGUGCGAGUAUUAUUUGAGCAAAAAUAUGAUGAUCAAAGAUGAGGUUCAUUUCCUCAAAAUCUCCAUGCAACUGGCCUUAGACCAUGCCAUUCAUGCCCAAAGCAACAUUCAUUCAUUGGAUCCCAAGUGCCGAAACGAGCUCGAAAAGGCUGCAUGGUCCGAUUGUUUAAAGCUCUAUGAGCUAACCAUACUUGGUCUCAACAAAGCUGUAGACUUCAGCCCCAAUGUGCAGAGACACGACCGUCAAACAUGGCUUAGUGCGGCUUUAACCAACCUCGAAACGUGCCGGGAUGGGUUUAUCGAACUAGGUGUCUCCGAUUACCUUCCUCCCAUGAUGUCAAAUAACGUGUCCGAGCUAAUCAGUAACACCAUGGCUCUCAACAAGGCACCUUACAAGGAACCGACGUACAAAGAUGGGUUCCCCACGUGGGUGAAACACGGUGACUCAAAGCUGUUGCAGUCAUCAUCGUCGCUGGCUUCUCAAGCUGAUAUCGUAGUAGCGCAGGACGGUUCGGGGAUUUAUAAGACGAUAAAUGAGGCGAUAUCGGCCGCUUCUAGCCAGUCCGGGAGUGGAAGGUACGUGAUAUACGUGAAGGCUGGUACGUACAGUGAGAACGUUGAGAUAGGAAGUGAUCUGAAAAAUAUUAUGAUGGUGGGCGAUGGUAUGGGGAAAACUAUUAUCACAGGGAACAAAAGCGUUGGAGUUGAAAAAAUCAGUACGUUCAAUACAGCCACUGUUGGUGUUGACGGAGAAUCGUUCAUCGGUCGUGACAUUACGUUCAGAAACACCGCCGGUCCUAAUAACGGACAGGCAGUGGCUCUCCGUUCAGGAUCCGAUCACUCGGUGUUCUACAGAUGCAGCUUUGAAGGGUACCAAGACACUCUUUACGUUUUUUCCCAUAAACAAUUUUACAGAGAAUGUGACGUCUACGGAACAGUGGAUUUCAUAUUUGGCAAAGCAGCUGUUGUGCUACAAAACUGCAACAUAUAUGCUCGGAAUCCACCGAGUAAAAUCAACACCGUGACCGCCCAAGGCCGGUCCAACGUCAACGACACCUCUGGAAUUACUAUACAGAACUCAACAAUUACUGCAGCCUCGGAUUUAAAACCUGUGCAAGGCUCUGUCAAAACGUUCCUAGGGAGGCCAUGGAAACAAUUUUCCACGACUGUUAUCAUCAAAACCUUCCUGGAUACCCUAAUUGACCCCGCCGGUUGGAUGGAAUGGAAUCAAUCCCUCGACACGCUGUAUUAUGCCGAGUACAUGAACACCGGCCCCGGUUCCUUCACCUCCAAUAGAGUCAAAUGGAAAGGUUAUCACGUUCUUACCAACGCAACCGAGGCAUCAGCGUUUACGGUCGGGAAUUUUAUCGACGGGAAUUCUUGGCUGCCUACCACCGGUGUGCCUUUCACUUUGGGGCUUUAAUUUGUAUUAUG